AUGGUCACUGUGGAGGUGGUUGUCAAGAAAACGACAGCAUCCUUGUCCCUCGGGGGAAAUGCCACCUUUGGGGACCUCAUGAAGCGGCUCUUUACCGACCACGGCAUUGAUGUGUCAAAGCAAGUCAUCCUGUACCAGUGCAAGGAAUUCCGCAUGCCGCCUUACGAGCAAGGCAAGCUCGUGAUCUACGACGGCGAGCAGCGGGAGGUCACCGAGGACCGGACCCUGGCCGAGCUGAAAAUCGACGGCUCCGAGGCUCUGGUUUGUGGAGAGCUCCAGGACGAGUGGUUGGAGGAAGUGAAGUGGGGCGCUUUCGGACACACUCUAUACGAGGCCUUGUCAGCUUUGCAUGGCUUUGCAAGGCUCAUACCUGUACAUGUGCCCGCAGAGGCAGACUACUUGAACCACCGCGAGUUCGUGCCCGCUCCCUUUGCUCGACCCGCCUUUACCUGGUCGGCCCAGGCUCCCCCUGGUGGGGCCGUGGCAUCCGUGCAAGGUACCAGGCUGAUCUCGGCGCCGCAGAUGACGUCAAUGCCCGCGCAGUAUGUGGUCGACAGGGGCAGUUAUCAGCAGCCGACCUGGCCGACCACCGUGAUAAACAAUCCGCAGAUCCUCCCAGGAAGCCGCUUCACAUGA